AGCUUAUUCUUAGUAGAGCUACUAAGCAUUAAGCACGUGCCGAAUCUCGUCUGUGAAUCGAACGAGCUAUCGUUAAAAAGAGGAAAAUGAUAUCCUACGUCUUGGCUAUCCAUUUACUUCUGAUCGUUAAUUCCUGCAAAGCAUUACCUGAGGAAAUCAAGAAAUGUCGGUUCGGAGAUGAGAAAUGCAUGGUUGAGUCCAUAAAUGACAUCAUAAAAAAAUAUCCAAAAGGAAUACCCGAAUUAGGUAUUAAACCAAUUGAUGUGGUUGAUAUAAAGGAUACAGAACUCUUGAAAACAAAUCGAACCGGAUUUAUUUGGGCAUCAGUCAGUCUGAGUAAUCAAGUAAACUAUGGCUUCGAAAACACAACCAUUACAAGUGUCAAGGGAUUCGGAAAAAAUCCCAAGGCCACCCAAAUUAUAAUCUCUGGACAUAUACCCACUUUGGUGCACAAGGGCACUUUUGAUGCUAGUGGACGCCUCUGGCUGGUUGAAAUGAAUCUGACUGGCGACUCGAUCUCGGAGUUUCAAAACAUGCGCUUCACCUUGAAGCUGAAAGUCUCAAUUGAAUUCCGAAAUCAUAAACGAUACCUGAAAAUCUACGAGCUGACUCCAAUUGUCAAAAUCGAUCGCUGGAUUUUAGAGAUGGGCAGCCUUUUUACAGAAAACAGCGAUCUAACCAUUAUUCUAAACCGUUUGUUCAACCAACGUUGGAUCGAGGUGUGGAAUGAAUGGGAGCCAAGUAUAUUGGACACAUUUGCCAGUGUCUUUAUCGGCAUGAUCAAAGGUACGUUCGAUCUCAUUCCUUACGACGACUUGUUUCUGCCAGAUGUCAUUUGAUUCUCCUACAUUCUUGUGCUAACCUUAACAAGAUCAGUAAAGUUUAUAGAAGUUAAUAUUGUAAAUGUUUCGGUUCUGUUCUGCUAUAGUAUAUCCUCACAGAAUUAUAUAUCUGUAGAGAUAUUUUGACUGGACCGAUAGAUGUCUAAAUUAUAAUU